AUGAUUGUGCAUAACUUUACGUUGACGGAACUCACAAAUGAUGUUUCCUUGCUUCGCCUCAAUGAACCUGUGAACUAUUCGUUUGCGGUCAGACCCGUUUGUUUACCAAAGGCCUCAGAAAAUCUGUACAACGGAACACUAGCCACAGUGGCGGGCUGGGGAGCUAAAGCGGAAACAGGGAAUUGGUCCUGUACACUUCUUGAGGCGCAGGUUCCAGUUCUCACAAACGAGGAGUGUCAGAACACGAGCUAUAAUGAGUCGAAGAUAAGGGAUGUUAUGAUGUGUGCUGGAUAUCCAGCAACAGCGCACAAAGAUGCUUGUACUGGAGACAGUGGUGGACCAUUGGUAGCUGAAAAUGAGGAACAUGCGUAUGAACUAAUAGGAAUUGUGUCAUGGGGUUAUGGAUGCGCCAGGAAAGGCUUCCCAGGAGUAUAUACCAGAGUAAACAGAUACAUGGACUGGAUAAGAGACAAUACCGAAGAUGCAUGUUACUGCGCAUACUAA